AGGUUUCUGAACGUCCUAACCUGUACUCCCAUCGGCUGUCUAUAUUUGUUUUUAUACAAAUCCAUAUUUACUACUCUAGUAAUUUUAUAGUGAUAUAGGAUAAAAUAGUGAAAACAAAAUGGGCAAAAAGAAAAAUAAAAAUAAGGUUAGCGGUGCUGUGAAGACUGCUGCCAAAACUGAGAAGAAACUUGCAAAUAAAUUGAAGAAAGAACUUGCGAAUUUGGGAGAGGAAGACAUAGCAAAGGUACUAGCUGAGAUUGAGCGUGAGGAGGCAAAGAGGUCUGCAGCCACUGAAAAGGCUCUACCGGGUGCCCCGUCACCUAGAGCUUAUGCCUCCCUCACUCCACAUCCUACUAACAAUGAACUGAUUGUUUUUGGUGGGGAAUACCAUAAUGGACAGAAGACAGAGGUAUACAAUGAGCUGCUAUUCUUCAACCCAGUGAACAACACUUGGAAGGUCCUAAAGGCACCAGGAGCCCCACCUCCAAGAAGCGCCCACCAAGCCAUAGCUACACCAGCUAACAAAGGUGAGUUGUGGGUGUUUGGUGGUGAAUUCACAAGUCCAUCUGAGACACAGUUCCAUCAUUACAAGGAUCUCUGGUGCUUCUCAUUUGCUGAAAAGAAAUGGGAAAAGGUUGUAGCUCCAAACGGCCCCACACCUCGUUCCGGCCACCGCAUGGUCCUACUAGGACGCAACAUCAUAGUGUUUGGCGGCUACGCGGACGACGGCCGCGAGUGUCGCUACUUCGAUGAUGUAUACUCCUUCUGUCUGGACACGAGGGCUUGGACUAAACUGAGUCCUAGUGGUAGGGGGCCUUGUGCGAGGUCUGCUUGCGUUAUGUUGCCCGCUGGGAAUGAUUCUCUGCUAAUCUACGGCGGUUUCUCCCGCGUCCGGACUGGCCGGACAGAGCGCACACAGACACACACGGACCUGUUCCGGCUUUCUGCCCGGACGGGCGGCGGGUGGACGUGGCGCCCGCUGUCCGGCUCGCUGGGGCCGGCGGCGAGGGCCGGACAGGCGGCAGCUGUUAACGUGCAUACGAAUCGGGGUUAUGUGUUUGGUGGAGUUAGUGACGUAGAAGAAACAGACGAAGAGCUUCGCGGCGAGAUGAGCGAUGAACUCCAACUGCUAGACCUGGAGGCAGGCAGGUGGCAUCACGUCACUUUGAAGAGUGAACAGCAACCAACAACGCAGCAGCCUGAGGCUAUGGAUACCAAGGUCGAGGAGGCUGUUACCGUGGUGACAGACGAAGUAUUCACAAUGAAGCUGGGCGGAGCGCCGGCGCCCACCACGCAGGGCUGCGCCCCCGCCGGCACCCCCGCCCCCGGCCCGCGCUCCGGCCCGGGGGCCCGCAUGUCCGCCAUGAUGGCCGUACAACGGUCUACUCUCUAUGUGUACGGAGGAGUGCUGGAGAAGGAGGAUAAGCAGUUCUAUUUGUCCGAUAUGUAUAGUUUAGAUCUACACAAACUAAACGAAUGGAAGACUAUAAUAGAGCAGCCAUCUCUGCCCGACUGGCUCGGCUCAGACUCUGAGGAGUAUGAGACUGGAUCCGAAAGUGAAUCGGAUGACAGCGACGAGGAUAGUGAAGACUAAAGCCAAUCUUAUUGUGUAAGCAGUAAGGUUGAAAGUACAGUGUAUAGAGUUGUGGAGUAAGAGUACUUUUUGGUAAUACAGUGAGACAUAAUAUAGACCCUAUGAUUAAUAAUUACCCCUUUCUGGUAAAAACUGGUAAAGCAGUUUAUAAGGCAGAAUAAUAUUGCCGGUACAUACUUUGCAUUUAACUGAUCUUUAGGUACCAAUUCGUUUUAUGUCAAGUUAAAAACAUUAACGUCAGUGAAGUGAAAAAUACAUAUAAGUCGUAUAUUUGUACAAAAAAUAUUAGGUUUAUAAGGAUAAAUAUAUUAAUUUUACUAAAAA